ACGAAGAAGAAGAAGAAAAGGUCAUUCAGUUGCAUAUAAAUAUGCAAAGUGAGCCAAAGUGAAUGGGUAGUUCUUCACGGGAAUAUACGGUUCGGGAUUCACUCUAUAAAUAUGAACUCGACAGUUGGACACAAAUAAUCUUGUCACUUUCGCUGCUAUCGCACCCAUGAGUUCUUGAUUUCUUGGAAAAGCACUUUACAGAUGGCUUUGCUAUGCACGUUUAAAAACAAAACAUGAAGAUUUCUCAAGCUUUUUCGUUGAGUUGGUUUACGGUAUUUUGUUAUUUCAAGACGGCUUGUUCCUGCUAUCUACCAUAUAACAGGAAGCCAGAGAGCCAAUGCGAUGACCUCGACAGAUACAUGGUGGACAGAACUGGGUGGAGAGCGAAAGACCCGUCGGGAGUGGCCAGUUGUUUUUCAGGCCCAGUAGACCUCGUCAUUCUUCAUCACACAGGAACUCCUCCCUGCACUACAACUAAAUCAUGUUCCAAAGCAAUGAGGAGGAUACAAGACGAACACAUGAAUGACAAAAAAUGGGUAGACAUUGGCUAUCAUUUCGCGAUUGGAGGCGAUGGACUGAUCUACGAGGGCCGUCCCUGGUACAAGAUGGGUGCCCAUACCAAGCACCACAACAGGAGAUCUAUCGGCAUAGCAUUUCUCGGGGACUACGACAAGGAUUGUCCAAAUCCUUCCAUGCUGGAUCUUAUUCCAAAACUAGUCUACUGUGGAGUGGAGAAAGGCUACAUAUCUCCAUCCUUUAAAGUCAUCGCACAUAAAGAUGCAUAUUGCUCAUCAUGCCCAGGUGAUGCCCUGUACGCCGUCAUAAAACAGUGGCCACAUUAUCCAAAACUUAUACCCAUUCCCACCUACACUUGCGAAGCUACAACCGCGGCUCCUGAACCAGAAACGACUACAGCGCCGCCUACUACAACGACUACAACUACUACAGAAGCGCCCACCACGACCACUACAACAACUACUACUACUACUACGAUGGCACCAACCACAACGAUGGCACCAACGACAACUCCAGCACCAACGACUACAGAAGCGCCGGCAACAACCGAACAACCAUGGUAUUAUUAUGUGCUGCUGUCGAAAAUGAAAGUUCCUUGGCUACCCGUGUACACUGCCAAACAACAUAAAAGCAUUUGGCGAUGAUUGGCGAGAUUCUCAAGCCUUUCUAUUUAUUUUUCGUUUUGGAUCCACAAAUAAGGCUAAUUUUCAACAGUAGAUAAAUAAAAUUAUGAGUUGAAUAAAGUCAUCAAUUUUUGACCACCAAUCUAAAAGCUUCUAUAUUCUCUAAGAGAAAAACAAGUCUUUGAUUGGAAGGUCAACCAUUGAUACACCCUUUAUACAUAUGAUACAUAUGAUAUCUCCAUAGAAAAAUGAUGUCACAAAGCAUCACUAAUGAAUGGAGUUUCAGGGCCUCCGAUUAAUCUUGCCUACUGCUACGAAGAACGAGAACUCGCCAUUUCUUCAUCGUGCACACUGUAUUGCAACUACUUUUACUCUUUAGCGAAAAGAAAGAUGAUGUUAUUACUAUCGAAAUUCGCACAUGUGAACUCAGUAUUAUAAACUAUGUAUGCGUUGUUCAGUAGCAAGGUUUGUCUCUGGAACUGUUUCUGGCAGUGAUUUUUGACUUGCCUGUAUGCUUACAUUUUGUAUAAAUGAAAAAUUUAGAAAAUUACAGACUUUUCUAACAGACUAAUUUCGUUUACACUGGAUAUUACAAUCAUACUUUGUCUAUUAUUAAGCAUUAUAGGAUAUUGUGUGAUAUUUCCACGAUAUUAUUCGAUAUUCUGAAUGCCGGUAAAUAUUGCAACAAUGUUGUUGGACAUUUCAUACUAAUAAAGCGAGUUCGCAAGAAACUAUUAUAUUCUCUUCUUAGAUACGAAUCACGAUUGAAUAAACUGUGCCACAAAUUUGUGAUGACGGAAUUUCCAACGAUUAAAACGUUAUAUGUUCCUCAGUAGAAUAUUAAAACAGUUAGGUUAAAAUAGUGAUUUUAAAAGAUUGAGCAUUGUUGAUGUUUAUAAUAAAGGAUGUUCCGAAAUUACCGCAAGAUUUGAAUUACCCACCAUUCGUAGAGCAAAGUGUUGACUACCCUAUUAAAAAACCAUUUGAUAGCUAAUAGUUUACGGUUAGUAAAAAUGGAGUAUUACGUUUUAACAUUUUUUUUACGUUUUUAUUUACGUUUUAUUUACAUUUUUAUAAUUUGAAUUCAAUAAAAAAACCAGUUUUUUUCUUUAAAUUAUUAUAUUUUUAUUGAAUUGUAAAGUACACCGUAUAGGGUUAUGUAUGAAAUAACAACAUAGGGCAAAUGGCCUCCAUGGUUUCGCUGAUACAUACACUCACUUUUGUCGAAAUUUUCCAUGACCUUUUUUCAAUAAAUGGGGCUGAAUUUCGUUGAUGCGGCGUUGAAUUUCUUCCUUCAAUUCACGCGGACUUGUGGGUUUAUUCGCAUAGAAACUUAACUUCAAAUAACCACAUAAAAAUAAAUCCAAUGGUGUUAAAUCAUACGAUCUAGGGGACCAAUUCUCAAAUUUUCGAACUGUGGCCGCCCUACUUUCAUUAUUUUUUAAAUAUUAUUCAACAAUGAAAACAUGUUGCUCUAUCGUAUAACUUUCCAUUCCAUUUUUACUAACCCUAAACUAUCAGCUACCAAAUGUUUCUUUUUAAUUGUAUUGCUAAAAUUUUAUUGUACGAAUGUUAACAAAUUCGAAUCUUGUGUUGAUUUUGGGACACCCUUUAUCCUUUGAAUUUACUAAUUGUAGUAACGUAUCAAGUUCAUUCAAAAAUCCUAUGAACAAUCUGAUGCAUUCGCGUUAAUUUUAAAAAAUUGGGGGGAAAAAUCACAAACCUCAAAUAAAUCUUGGAUGUUCUCCACAAGUCUGAAAAGAUUCUGCGCUAAAUCAAAAGAGUUGAAUGAUAUCAAACGAUCUAAAAAUAAACAAAAGUAUUAAAUUAGCUCAACAUGAUCUUUGUUUCAAGCAAACCGAAUUAAAGGUCAAAGAUGAUUAUUAAUUUUGAACAACUUAGAUGAAUUAUUUUUCUAAUGAAAGAAUACAGCUUGAACAGUGAAUCUGUGAAUGAUCAGGUGAUAAUUUGGCAUUAUUAAGACAUAAUUAAAGACAUUUUUCACUAUGAUUAAAAUGAAAUAUACACUCAAAAACAAUUUAAGAUGAUAAUGUUUAUAGACUGACAUACUAUCCGUGGAUAUUAGCUUUCCACAUAGCUUAAAGGAAAAGUCGUAAAUAUGUUCUACAAAACAAAUCAUUGGGUCGAGUACUGCCAAAUAUAGUAAAUAAUUUUUU